AUGCGGAUUCUAUUUAGUUUAUUAUUAGUAGUUAGCACAGCUAAUGCUGCAAAAAAAUUUGAGGGGACAUUAAGAUCAGCAGCAGAGGCACCGCCUCAAGACAACCUGGCAGUAGAAUCCGGUUCACCAGAACCAGCUGUAGUUGAUGCACCUCAGGGAUAUAAGAACCCGGGAGCCCCACCCCCCUCUCCUCCAUCUAAGCCAGAAGCAGCGGAAGGGCCUCAAGAGUCACAAGAGCUACAAGAACCACAAGAGACACAAAAGCCAGAAGAACCACAAGCGCCACAAGAGCCAGCUACUGCCCCGGAAACGGCGUCAGGAGCCUUACCUCCUUCAGCGCCUAGCGGUAUUUCGGCGCCGUCUGCACCUGCUAACUCUCUCGAAGAAUGCGACUCAGAGAUGAUUGGAUUCGAGCUUGUUACUGGAUACGUGUUUUCGGCACCAUCACAUAUCCUUGACGAUAUUCCUGGCACCCUCAUGCUGACAGAUUGCUUGGAACAAUGUCAGGCAAACGAUACAUGCCGCGCUGUUAACUACGAAACAGGCCUGUGUGUGCUUUUCAGUUCUGAUGCUGACCAAUUACCAGGAGCUUUGACAAAAUCACAAUUCCCCGUUUUCACAAUCUAUGCACAAAAAUCAUGUAUGGGCGUGCGACCAUGUGAACGUGCAUGGUGCUUCGACCGAGUCCGCGGCUAUCACCUCAAGGGCCGAGGCAAAAGAACACACACUGUAGGCUCCAGGCAAAUGUGCUUGGAUUUAUGCCUGGGUGAAAAUGAAUUUUCAUGCAGAUCGGCCAAUUACAAUAACAAAACCGGAGAAUGUGUUCUAUCCAACAUGGAUCGUAUCACUUUGGCUGGGACUAACUCAUUCCAACCCAACGAAGAUACUGACUAUUUAGAAAAUAAUUGCGUAGAGGAGCCAACGAAAUUGUGUGAGUUCAAGAAAAUGGGUGGUCGCAUUUUGAAAACAGUUGACUCCGUAUAUCAGGAUGUACAAACAAUUGAGGAAUGCCGGGAGUUGUGUCUAAACUCGCCUUUCCGUUGCCACUCAUACGAUCAUGGCGACACGGGAGAUAAUGUUUGCCGACUCUCUCACCAUUCGCGUGCUACUCUUGUUGAUAUUCAGGAUCCUUACUUGGAAGUCCCUGAAGCUGCAACAUAUGAACUCUCUUCAUGUUAUAAUGUUUCAAUUGACUGUCGUUCUGGUGAUAUGGUGGCUCGUAUUCAGACUUCAAAAUUAUUUGAUGGCAAAAUCUACGCAAAGGGCAGUCCGAACUCGUGCGUGGUCGACGUUAAGCAAAGUCUAGAGUUUGAACUACAUAUGGGUUAUGACAACAUUGAAUGCAAUGUUAAACAAAACGGGCUAGGAAGAUAUUUGAACGACGUUGUAAUCCAACACCACGAUACAAUUGUAACGUCAUCUGAUCUCGGUCUAGCUGUAACCUGUCAAUACGACCUGACAAACAAAACAGUGGCGAACGAGGUUGAUCUUGGAAUCCAUGGCGACAUUCAUACUGGCCUUACUGAAGAGGUUAUUGUCGAUUCACCCAACGUGGCUAUGAGAAUCACCGACAGGAACGGUGAUGAUACUAUUUCUUCCGCCGAAGUUGGAGAUCCUUUGGCACUUCGUUUCGAAAUUAUGGAUCAAAACUCUCCUUUCGAAAUAUUUGUUCGAGAACUUGUCGCAAUGGACGGGGUCGAUUCCAGCGAAAUUACUCUUAUCGACAGCGAUGGUUGCCCCACCGAUCACUUCAUUAUGGGUCCUUUGUUCAAAUCUGCACCGAGUGGAAAGAUGCUCUUAUCUCAUUUCGACGCAUUCAAAUUCCCGUCAUCGGAAGUAGUACAGUUCCGUGCUUUAGUCACUCCUUGCAUGCCGACGUGCGAACCGGUUCAGUGCGAUAGCGGUCCGAAUGAAUUUCGCUCAGUCAUGUCUUACGGGCGAAGGAAACGGCGUUCGACUCCAGCUUCUCCAACUGAAAAAAUGCUUCUCGUUCAGAAUAUUCAAGUCACUGACAAGUUUGGUUUCGAUAAACAACGAGCAAAGAACGUUACUGACGACACAGUAUAUAUAAGAGAGACUGAUGUAACUUGUGUCAACGCAGCAGGAGCUAUGCUAGCAGCAGCUGCCUUCUUAGCUGCUCAACUGGUUGUACUUGCAGCGUGGACUUGUAGCUGGCAGCGUCGCCGUGCAGCGGCUAAAGCUGCCGAACUACUUCCUGGACCUAACGCUCCUUCCGCUCUUUGCAAAGUCUACGAUCCUAGCUUUUCUCGCGCGCAUCAGAGGCACUUUUGA